AUGUAUCUGUAUACCAUUGUCUGUCUGCUCAUUUCUUCUCCUCCUCUCCACUGUUCAUUCAAAGCUCGUUUUUCCUGUUUCUCUCUCUCAAUUACUGCUGAUUUAUCAAAAGCUACGCAAAACAAUAUGAGUGAGGUUGUAGAAGAUAGGAUUAGCAACUUGCCGGGUUCAAUUCUUCAUCAUAUCCUCUCCUUUGUUGGUACUCGUAAUGCUGCUCGGACUUGUGUAUUAUUUAAACGAUGGAUGUACAUUUGGAGGUCUAUCCCUAUCCUUAAGUUUCAAAACUACAAUUCAUGGAAGGCCGAUACGUUCAUAGAUUUUGUUGAUAAAACGUUGGAGUUUCACGAUGAGUCAAACAUAAAGGAGUUCUCUCUCUCCUCUGAUGCAUACUUGGAUGAACCACGGAUUCAAAAAUGGAUCUCCACUGUGUUAAGUCACAAUGUUGAAGAUUUCUCGCUCAGAUUGAACCAGAGCGACGGAGUUCCGAUGCCAUCAUCUUUUUAUACUUGUGAAUCACUAACUUCUUUGAGGCUACUUUCAAGCACUGUUUCCUGUUUUCCUAAAUAUAUAUCUUUUCCGAGAUUAGAAAGAUUUAUUCUUACUGGAGUGAAGUUUAGAGAUGAGUGCUGGAAUGAGCAACUCUUUUCUAACUGCCCCGUACUACGGUUUUUGGGUGUGGCAUUCUGCACGAGGUCAGAUAUGAAGAAUUUUUGUAUUUCAAAUCCUGCACUGAAAGACGUAGAUAUUAUGAAUCCAGAAAAAGGAGGAUAUGGCUUUCCAAAUUGUGCUCUCAAAAUUGAUGCACCAAAUCUGGAGACUCUCACCUACAUGGGUAGGGUUGCAAAGGAUUAUGUCCUAUCUAGUUUUCCAACACUAGUUAAAGCAACAGUUGACUUUUCCUUUGAAGAAUAUGGUGCAAUGUGGGAGCAAGAUAUAGCUUAUGGUGCAGUUGCAUGUAAGUUUCUUCAAGCACUUGCACAUGUGAUGUAUCUAAAAAUUUCUGACAGAACCCUACAGGUUCUCUCUGUUGCAGACGAUUUAUUGAACAAUUUACCUUCAUAUCAUAAUUUGCACAACUUGAUUCUGACUCAGGAGGUAACCGCUGAUAAAGCAGUAAUUGUUUUGCUCGAAAAAGCACCUAAUCUGGUGUCACUCGACUUUGAAGUGUUUUAUCCCCCUGACCCCGACGAAGAAGAAGACAAGGAUGAGGAUGUAGGGGAUGAUGGCGGCAAAGACAACCAUUAA